GCCAUUUCCAAGUGGGUAAACCACAACUUGGAGUCUGUUCACUCUUUCGAGGACUCUACAAAUGCAGUUAAUAAAGAAAUAAAUUUCAGUAAAAACAGCGUCCUAAAGGAUGAUAAAAUAAUGAAACGAGCAAUUUGAACAACCUUUUGGUGAUGUUGCCCAAGAUGGUCAAAAUAAAUGCAUUCCCAACCAUGUGGUGAAAUCAGAAAUUUGAAGAAAAUGGAAGCAUUCAUAUUUUUUGUGAUGUGUAUAAUGCUGCCCCUCAUUAGAGGGCACAGUUACUUUACCUGUGAACCAAUUACUGUUCCCAAAUGUGUGAAAAUGGCCUACAAUAUGACAUUUUUCCCUAAUUUGAUGGGGCAUUAUGACCAGUCUAUGGCUGCUAUGGAAAUGGAGCCUUUUCUCCCUCUAGCAAAUCUCCACUGUUCACCAGAUGUCGACACUUUCCUCUGUAAAGCUUUUGUGCCAGCCUGCACUGAGCAAAUUCAUGUGGUUCCUCCUUGUCGAAAGUUUUGUGAAAGAGUAUAUUCUGAUUGUAAACAAUUAAUUGACACUUUUGGUAUUACAUGGCCAGAGGAGCUUGAAUGCAGCAGAUUGCAGUAUUGUGAUGAGUCUGUUCCAGUCGCUUCUGACCUUACCACCAAGUUUCAUGACCCACCAAAAACACCAGAGCAGGUUCAAAGAGACUAUGGAUUUUGGUGUCCAAGACAUCUGAAGACCUCUGGUGGACAAGGCUACAAAUUCCUUGGAAUUGACCAGUGUGCACCUCCAUGCCCCAACAUGUAUUUCAAAAAUGAUGAAUUAGAAUUUGCCAAAAGCUUCAUCGGAAUUGUUUCAAUAUUUUGCCUUUGUGCAACUUUGUUCACUUUCUUGACUUUUCUAAUAGAUGUUAAAAGAUUUAGGUACCCAGAAAGACCAAUCAUAUAUUACUCUGUCUGUUACAGCAUUGUAUCAUUAAUGUACUUCAUUGGAUUUUUGCUAGGCAAUAGCACAGCCUGUAAUAAGGCAGAUGAAAAACUAGAGCUUGGUGAAACAGUUGUUUUGGGCUCCCAAAAUAAGGCAUGUACUGUUCUCUUUAUGCUUUUAUAUUUUUUCACAAUGGCAGGCACUGUAUGGUGGGUGAUUCUUACCAUUACUUGGUUCUUAGCUGCUGGAAGAAAGUGGAGUUGUGAGGCAAUUGAACAAAAGGCUGUGUGGUUUCAUGCAGUUGCCUGGGGGAUGCCUGGUUUCUUGACAGUGAUGCUUCUGGCGAUGAACAAAGUAGAAGGGGACAAUAUUAGUGGUGUUUGUUUUGUUGGCCUUUAUGACCUUUAUGCUUCUCGAUACUUUGUCUUGUUGCCUCUAUGCCUUUGUGUGUUUGUUGGAUUGUCUCUUCUUUUAGCUGGCAUUAUUUCUUUAAAUCAUGUACGGCAAGUUAUACAGCAUGAUGGAAGAAACCAAGAAAAACUAAAGAAAUUUAUGAUUAGAAUUGGAGUCUUCAGUGGUUUGUACCUUGUUCCAUUAGUAACACUUCUUGGAUGUUAUGCCUAUGAACAGAUAUACAGAAUUACUUGGGAAACAACUUGGGUCUCUGACCAUUGCCAUCGAUACCAUAUCCCAUGCCCCCAUCAGGCAAAAACAUUAGCACGCCCAGAAUUGGCAUUGUUUAUGAUAAAGUAUCUGAUGACACUGAUUGUUGGAAUCUCUGCAGUCUUUUGGGUGGGAAGCAAAAAGACCUGCACAGAAUGGGCAAGUUUCUUCAACAGAAAUCGCAAGAGAGAUCCCAUCAGUGAAAGUAGAAGAGUACUACAAGAAUCCUGUGAGUUUUUCUUAAAACACAAUUCUAAAGUUAAACAUAAAAAGAAGCACUACAAAUCAAGUUCACACAAACUGAAAGUAAUUUCGAAAUCCAUGGGAACCAGUACAGGAGCUACAACAAAUCAUGGAACAUCUGCAGUAGCAAUUGCUAACCAUGAUUACUUAGGACAAGAGACUUUGACAGAAAUCAAAACAUCCCCAGAAACAUCUGUGAGAGAUAUGGGAACAGAUGGACCCUCCAUUCAGAAAGCAAAAGAAAAUAAUGUGGUAGAGCAUGCAACACCUGCAGAAUCUAGUUCUAAAUUGUCUGUGGAACAGAUGGAAAGAAAGUGCAAGACAGGAAAUUCCAAUGAUAAGAACAGUAUAUCUGGAAGUGUGCGAAGUGAAGGAAGGAUAACUCCAAAAGGCAAUUUUACUGAUACUCACCCACUACAAAGUAGCAAUUUGCAGAUACCCAGCAUUUCGCAACCAGAUAGUCCUAAAGGCUCUACGUCACUGCUCAUCCACUCUGCUUUGGACAUUGAGAAAGAGCAGGGUUCUGGAAACAAUUCAGAUACUUGAAAAAGAAAAUCUUCAGUUUCACUGAACUGUUACCUUUGAGGGGAGUCA